GUUUCUUCGCUUCCAAUAGCCCAGGAAUUCAGUUUCAUCUUUUGAAAUAUCACUGAAAUACUUGGUUGGCUAUUCACCAGAACAAUCUAAACUUUUUAUGCAAUAUUUAACUAUUUGAUGAAGGAAAAGGUAUCUAAUAGUGAUAAACCAUCGGUAAUCCUGCAAUCAGGAUUAAUCACAAGCGAGAAGUAAAGCAGGUGAACAAAGUGCACGAGGAGCCGGCGAGACCUCUUUCAGUGGAUUUGUUGUCCAUUUAUAUAAUUAAUAAAUUGUCAGCUGAAUGGGAUUCUACAAAUGUUACACAGCUCAGAUGGAUUUUGUGGUGUUCCAUGACACAAGAUCUAACAUGAUGGUGUGGAUACCAGUGUUAUAAAAAAAAGAAGAAGAAAGCAAUCAAGAAAGAAAGAAAAACAAAGAAAAAACUGUUCUGAACAGGCACACAGACAAAAUGGAAGCAUGGCCAUUACUCCCUGCUCACCCUAACAUUUCCCUCCCUGAGACUCUUUUCUCCAACAACUUCAUCCCAGGGAACGAGUCUGAUUUCGGCCUGGAAGACGACCGUGUCAUCACCCCUUCCUUCGACCAGACCAGCUCUGUGGUCAUCACCUUCAUGUACUUUGUGGUAUGCGCUGUCGGACUCUGCGGCAAUGCCCUGGUUAUGUAUGUAAUCCUUCGAUAUGCCAAGAUGAAGACCGUCACCAACAUCUACAUCCUUAACCUGGCUGUGGCCGAUGUUCUGUGUAUGCUCAGUCUCCCCUUCAUUGCAAUUCAGCUAGCACUGCUCCACUGGCCUUUUGGUGGUGCUAUCUGCCGCAUUGUCCUAACCUUGGAUUCACUGAACCAGUUCACCAGCAUCUUCUUCCUGACUGUGAUGAGCAUCGACCGGUACCUUGCUGUGGUGCACCCCAUCAAGUCCACCAAGUGGCGCAAGCCCCUGGUGGCCAAGACAAUCAGCCUGGCCAUGUGGGGUGUGUCUCUGCUAGUCAAUUUGCCAAUCAUGAUCUACAGUGGUCUGAACACCAAUAAAAAUGAGGCCCGAACCUGCACCAUUCUGUGGCCAGAGCCAAGGAACACCUACUACACUGCCUUCAUCUUCUACAUGUUCUUUGUGGGAUUCUUUCUGCCGCUGGUAGUCAUUUGUUUGUGCUACCUGUUCAUUGUGAUCAAGGUAAGGUCCUCGGGCAUGCGGGUGGGUUCCAGCAAGCGCAAGCGCUCAGAGCGUAAGGUGACACGCAUGGUGUCCAUUGUGGUGGUGGUUUUCGUACUCUGCUGGCUGCCUUUCUACAUGUUCAACGUGGCAUCGGUGACUGGUUCACUCACAGCUACGCCAGUGCUGAAGAGCACCUUCGACUUUGUUGUAGUGCUGGGAUAUGCCAACAGCUGUGCCAACCCCUUUCUCUAUGCAUUCCUGUCUGACAACUUCAAGAAGAGCUUCCAGAAUGUUCUGUGCAUCAAGCGUGUGAGUGGCCUGGAUGAGAUAGAGCGAAGCGAUAGCCACCAGGACAGGGCACGUAUGGUCAAUGACAUCAUCACGGACGCUCACAGUGCUGGUCUGCAAACCAGCAUCUAGGCACGGUUUAGAUCACUGAUCUGCAGAUCUGUGCUUAUGACUAAGGGAUGUCCCAACAGAAGGUCACAGCAGAAAUCCUCUUAAAUUUCUUCAUCUUUCCAGUUAGAGGAGAAUUGACAGGUCCAAUAAAAGGCAUGGAAAAAACUACUUAGAACUUCUCAUACAUGAGCAACAAGAAUAUGUUUAAAUCUGGAUGAUGUAAUGGAGAAAUUAUUUCAUUUCCAAAAUCCACCCAUGCUUGAUGACCUCCUUUAUUAACUCUGAUGAAGACUACUCUCGUUUUGGUGGGCAGAUUUCAUCAGUCUUACACCUGACUGCCCUAGAUAGUCAAGAUAAGCCUCAGACAAAUUAUCACAUUAAGUUGGGAGCUUUUUUGAGUAUCUAUUUGCUUUUCUCCAAGAGAUAUUUAAGCAAGAUGUUUAAAUAUGAUUUAAAGUUCACAAAGUUCAAAAAGCCACUGAGAAUGUGAUUUGACUGCUGUACAUAACCAGUUUUUUGCUUGGUGUAUUUGUCUGCAGCUGUAAAAAUUAUUACUUUUCAUCCAUGUCCACUGAUGUUGAAGAGGUCAUUGUCCUCAUAAGGUAAACAGAAAUUUGCUCUCUGAAAUGUCAGAAUGUUGCCUGAAAAGAAGUCUUUUCUGCCAUCCAUGCUUCAUUGUUUGUUUGUGUGUCCAUUAAUCAUUACAAAUUAGACAAAUCAAAGUACCAUCAAGAUUAAGAGUCCUAACAAACCACAAAUGACCCCUAAUCUUUGUAAAAUAAAUAGUCCAAACCUAAGAAUUAAUCUAAAUCUAAAAUAUAAACCAAUGUAUCAGGAAGUCCAGUGGCAAAUUAAAUCAUUCUCUGAAUAACUUCAGUGCAGUAACAGCCUUAGGGAAAAUAUAAUUACUCUGCUUUCUCCAACUGAUCUUCCAUCUAUAAAUAACAUAGGUAAUAAUUAUUUCUGGCCCUGUCUGGUUACGACAUUAAAUAAUAUGUAAAAAAAAAAUAGAUAAUAAAAAUUGCCUUUAAAAUGUCUCCUACACAGUCAUUUGUGUUGGCGCCCCCUGUGAUAGUUACCGGGGCAGUGGUGGCCAACACAAACAAAUGACUACAAGAGUGGAAGAGAGUAAUACAGAUAAGUAAUGGCCUCGAGAAAAAAACCUCUCCAUGAUUUAUAAAUUGUUUUCACUUAGCAAAUCAUGCCAUAUUAAGCCUAACUACCUAAUAGCAGGUAUAAGACCAUCCAAACACAUGCUCUGUUACUCCUGUAGAUGUCCACCUUCCCUCAGCCAUGUUAGUCCAAAGGAGUGAAACAGAGGGAAUGGUCAGUACAUACAGGCAAAGAACACACACAAUCUCUCUUCUUAUAAUUGAAAUCUGAGAGAAAGUUUUAUUACUAAAAUAUGGUGUUCUGCUUUUAGUCCUAUUAGAUGUCAUUAUGGGUCAUUACAGGCUGUGUCAUACCUGGUGUGUAAUCAUUUAGAGAUGCAAUCAUAUUAAGGGAACUAAACCAUUUCUGUAUUUAAAGUUUAUUAUACAAGAAUUCUGACGAAUAUGUGCAAACUGAAGGUGGGAUAAGUGCCUUAAAGUGAAUGCAGGUCUUAUAUACCAUUACAGAGAAGAAAUAAGAGUCUUAUAUACCUUCACAGAGAAAAAAUCACGGUUUGUUCGUAACUGCCCUGUCAGUAAAAAGUGCAGGUUAUCAAGGAAAUAAGAUGUUUCAGACAGAGGUCCUUUAUUAGUAGUGCAUA